AUGGAGCAAAAUGCACAAGUAGCAAAAAAGUUAUGGCACAUAGUGAGGGUGGCCUUUUUCAUGCUAAGGAAAAAUAUGAGCAAAAGAAAACUCCUUCUAGACCUAAAAUACUUAACCAUGAAACGACCUAAACUCGCCGGCCGAUCAUCGGCCGGAAAACUCACCCACCACCACAAUUAUUAUGGUGGUGGUGCGUACGAGUUUAGUUGUAGUAACACCCCAAACCACCCAAACUAUAUAUUUCCUUUUCAAUUUAACCACAAAAAGAAGAGUCAUAAACCAACACCCAUUUAUGAGGAAAUUGAUGAAAAUGAAAUACAAACAAUCAACAAAGUGCUUGAAACCAUGUUAGGUUCAAGAAAUUAUCAAAACGACGACGUUGAGGGUUCACCAUUCCCUUAUUUUUUGUCACCCUUACCUGGAUUUGGGGUUGGACAGAGCUGUAUUGUAAGGGUAAGUGAUUCUCCUUAUUCUUUGCAUGGAAAUGAAGUGGGAAAUAAUAAGGUUGAUGAGGAUGCUGAGAAUUUUAUUCAAAGAUUUCAUGAUCAACUUAGACAACAAAGGAUGGUGGAUAAUAUAUUUUUUGCUUCAUUUUUGUCACAUUUACUUUUGUAUUUUGCUACCUUUGAUGUAAAUUAUCUUGAGUGGAAAAUAAAUGAGCACAUUUGUGAAAUUUUGGUAGUCUAA